UUAUCCCUCAUUGAGCAUAGGCAGACGUCACUCAAGGAAAAUGUCUUCCUCGCUGCAGGGACUUGCGACAUGUCGUCGAACCUCUGCUCCUCAUUGACGCGCCUCGCAAUCGAAUCGUCGAAUCUGACCAUGCUGAUCAACAACAUCCUCUCUCCGCAGCGCGUGUUGCGCUAUGGGCUGACUUACCUCGCCAUAUCUGCCAUUGGCGGCGCGCAAGCAGACAGCCAAAAAACGAACCUGGUUGUUGACACAGACAUAUUCAGCGAUGUAGAUGACGUCGCGGCCCUCCUCCUUGCCGCUACCCUCCCCAACGUUUCCCUCCUCGCCGUCAACGUGAACUAUCCGUCUGCCUAUUCUCCGCUCGCAGCCUCCGCCGUUCUGAACCACUAUGGCCACCCGAAUACGUCCAUCGGCCUGCGCCGUCCUUACACCAACGAGAGCUUCUUUGACGAUUGGGCAUACGAGCUCGGUGAAUACACCUCCAAGGUGGCAUAUCACUUUUCGGGCGGCUCGUUGCCAUGGUUCACACCGGAGAGAUCUUGGGAGCCUGUGAAGCUAUACCGCAAGACGCUGGCCGAGAGCGCGGACUCCAGUGUGACGAUCGCGUCCAUCGGAUUCUUCGACAAUCUCUCCGGGCUGUUGAAUUCGACCGGCGAUGCGUAUUCGCCGCUUAGUGGACCUGAGCUCAUCGCGAAGAAGGUCAAGAAGCUGGCCGUCAUGGGCGGCGGCUAUCCCUCUGGUCACGAAUACAACUUCUGGGGCGACAAUCCGCUUACAACCGCUCAUGUGGUGAACAAUUGGCCGCGCGAUGUCCCGGUCACGUUUCUGGGGACCGAAGUUGGGGAUGCGGUUUUGAGCGGGGCCAAGUUGACGACCGAAGGGCCGGAGGGUGAUUUGACCAAAGCCGCGUAUGGGUGGUAUGUGGGGUACAAUAGCACCCGUAUGUCGUGGGAUCCAUUGACAGUUGCCUAUGCCGUCAUGGGGCUAGGCUCGUGGUUCGAGUAUGGCAACACUGCCGGGUACAACCACGUGUUUGCCAACGGGUCCAACGUUUGGGUUGAUGACGAGGGUGUGAUGAAUCAGCGCUAUCUGAAGUUAGCAACGGAUAACAUGACAGUGGCUAAUGAGCUGGAUGAGCUGUACUUGAAGGGAGUGCGGCGGUUUAGCAAGUAG